AUGGCGUCGCUUCUAGCGCCUCCGAAAGCGCAGAUGAGCAGCAUUUCUCUCGCUGCGUCGACGUCUCAGAAUUUAUCGCUCUCACCGCUUCCUCUCACUGCCUUCCGUCUCCUCCAGGCCCUCUCGUCGACCGCCUCCGUCUCUUUCCGCGGGGCAGCCAUCUCCGCUCCGCGCCGAAUCUCCGCCGCGGGGACGGUCUCCUCCGCCGUUGCGGUGCCCGCGCAGGCUUCCGCCGCUUCCGCCGCCGACGCCGCCGACGGCGCCGCUCAAGGUGAGGGGACGCCAGGGGAGGUGCAGGAGGGGGUGCAGCGGGCACUGGCGGCAGUGAAGAACUCGCCAGCAGGCACGCCGCUGUCGUUGCUGCAGCGGCAGCUGGCAUCCGUACUCACGCCGUUCGCGGAUAGACUGGAUUCUCGAGCCUUGAGCAGCAUCAUGAAGCAACAAGAGGCGGACUGGCGUGUCGUGCUGGCGCUCUACGAUUGGAUGGCAGGGCAGGGCAUUCCGCGCAGCAUCCACGUGUACACGGUGGUGCUCUCGUGCCUGGGGCGGACGGCGCAGUGGAAGCACCUGCAAUCCGUCUUGGACGAUAUGGCGAGACUAGGAGUGCCCAUGGACGAGUACGUGUACAACACGCUCAUAGUCGCCUACUCCAAUGCCGGUCGCUUCAACGAAGCUCUAGGGUGGUUUGAGCGCAUGGAGAAGGCGGGUUGCAUGCCCAACCAGGUGAUCUACACUACAGUGAUGAAGCUCUUUGCACGGGCGGGCAGGACGGACGGCGUGGCACGGAUCGCCGCCUUGCUCAGGGAGGAGGGCGGCAGGGAGGACGGCCUUUUUCGGCUGGAUUCGAAAACGAUAUGCGCGUUGAUCGCUGCGUACAACAGCAUGGGGGACCUGAAUUCUGCGCAGGAGGAGAUUGAAUCCGCGCGAGAAGGUAUGCCCCCAGGCGAGUGGGACGUGGUAGUCUGGAACGCCAUGGUGGCCGCGUAUGGGCUCUCCAGCAGCACCAACCGCUCUCCACCACACAGAACCCACUCAUUGCUUCCCUCUGUGUUCCGUCAUUCACAGGUGUUUGAGGCGGCACGGGCAGGCACGCCCCCAGGCGAGUGGGAUGUGGUGGUGUGGAACGCCAUGGUGGCUGCGUAUGGGCGGGCGGGCAAGGUGAGGCAGGCAGAGGAGCUAUUGCUGCAGAUGGAGGCACAGGCGGACAGGGGUGACGGGCGGAGUGAGGGGGAAGAAGGGGCACGUGGGGUUGAUACAGGGGAGUGGGGGAGUGUAGAGCCUGAUUGGGGGAGUGCGGAGGCAGAUGGGGGGGGGAGCGUUGAAGCGGAUCGGGUGGGCCAGAGCAUGGGAGAAACAGGGGGAGCGGAGUCAGUGGGUAGGGUGCAAAGGGGUGCUGCUGGGUCGAUUAUUUCGUCGACUAGAAACGUCAGCAGGGUGCAAGGGGACGUUGAGGCGUCUCAAGCGACUUGUGAGUCGACUCAAGAGCAUCUGGGCAGGGCCGCGACAGAGGCAGAGGAUUCGGCUUCAGAGGCGCCUCAAAAGGCGUCUGAGAAGUACAUGGACUGGGUGGCAGAGAGAGAGGAUUUGCUGGUGGUGCAGAUAGGUGCAGAGGGGUUUGAAGGAGAGGCGCUGCAAGGGCGAGCGCCUGGCGGUGGUGCUGACAGUGCUGACGGGGCUGCGCCUCAUGGCUCGCGGAUUCUACCCGUCAACCGUCACAUUCAACACGCUGUUCUCGCUCUACGCCUCGCUGCCCUCCUCCCCAAUCUCUGUCCUAUCCCUUCCCAACUGACCCGUUCCCCCAUUCCCUCCUUCCCUCGCCCCCCUCCCAGCGUCUCAUGGCUCGCGGAUUCUACCCCUCAACCGUCACAUUCAACACGCUAUUCUCUCUACGCAUCGCUGCCCUCCUCCUCCUCCUCGCUCGCUGCUGCCCGCCGCCUGCACACCCUCAUGCUGCAAAUGGGCGUCCCUCUGGACGUGCCUCUCCACGUGUACUUGUGCUGUUCUUUGAGUGGCCUGCUCAGCCGGUUGUCACUGCUAACACCCCCUUGUCUUGCUCUUCUUCCCCCACCCUCUUUGUGUCUGCUUCCCCCACCCACCCGCCCUCCCCAGCGCCUCAUGGCACGGGGGUUCUACCCGUCAACAGUCACAUUCAACACGCUAUUCUCUCUCUAUGCCUCGCUGCCCUCCUCCUCCUCCUCGCUCGCUGCUGCCCGCCGCCUGCACGCCCUCAUGCUCCAAAUGGACGUGCCUCUGGACGUCUACUCGUGCUGCUCUCUCAUUGGCCUGCUCAGCCGCUCCGGGCAGGUUGAAGAAGCGGUCGGGCUGUUUGAAAGAAUGAAGGCGCAGGGCGUGCAGGUGUGUGUGUGGGUAGGGGUGUGUGCAUGGGUGGGGGCGUUCAGGUGCAUGCUUGUGCGAGGGUGGGUAUGGGUAGGUGUUGGUGGGUGUGGGUGGGUGGGGUUGAAGAAGCGGUCGGGCUGUUUGAAAGAAUGGAGGCUCAGGGCGUUCAGGUGUGUGGGUGGGUGGGGGCAUGGCGUGCAGGUGCAUGCUUGUGCGAGGGUGGGUGUGGUGUGGGUAGCCGGACUCGCACGUGUUCAGUGCAAUGAUCGCCAUGUUGGCCCACCGCCACGGCAAGCCGGACUCGCACGUGUUCAGUGCCAUGAUCGCCAUCCGGACUCGCACGUCUUCUGUGCAAUGAUCGCCAUGUUUGCUCGCCACGGCAAGCUGGAGUACCAAGGUGCAACCAACCAGAGCCUACCUGUUCAAUCCCUUUCCCCCACCAACCCUCCCCCCCCACCAGCCGGGCUCGCACGUGUUCAGUGCAAUGAUCGCCAUGUUCGCGCGGCACGGCAAGCUGGAAGCCGCGCUGAGAACCUUCCAGGAGAUGAAAGCCAUACCCUAAUCCCUCCCUUCCCCCAUCCACCUCCAUCCACCCGCACCAGCCCGACUCUCAUGUCUUCAGCGCAAUGA